AUGGUUCAACACGUCGCUCGCUUUUCGCAAGCUGAACAAAACAAAGACACACAGGGGACCGGAGGCGUCCGUCAGGAGGCGACUUCAAUGGGUGAAGAAUGGGUCGACCGCGGCGUCGAAAGUGCCAAAGAUGUUGCCGGAAAAGCGAAGGAGAAAGCCGAGCCUGCCCAAAAGAAGGCCGAGUCCGCGAUGGAGACCACAAAAGAACAAGGAGAGGCAGCGUAUGAGAAGGCCAAGGAACGCGGUGAUGAGGCUUAUUCGAAGGCGAAAGAAAAGGGCGAGUCAUUAGCCGAAGCAGCUAAAGGAAAAGUAGAGCCAGCAAAAAACAAGGCUGAAUCAGCGAUGGAAAGUACAAAGGAACAUGGAAAGGAAGCAUACGAUAAGGCUAAAGAACAUGCUGAGAACAUGAAAGCAAAGGCCAAAGAAACGGGUCAGUCGGUUGUCGAAACGGCAAACGACACGGUCGACUCUGCACAAAGAAAGGCGAAGUCGGCUAUGGAGACUACAAAAGAGCACGGGGAGGAAGCGUACGAGAAGGCCAAGGACCGCGGUGGCGACGCUUACGAGAAGGCUAGGGAAUAUGGUGAGGAAGCAUACAUGAAGGCACAGGAAAAGGGUGAGCCAGUUAUGGAGAUGGCUCAGGAAAACGCCGAGUGGAUGGCAUCAAAGGCCAAGGAAAAGAGCCAAGAAGCCGUAGAAAAGGGAAAACCCUAUGUAGCACAAGCAGCCGAAACGGUCAAGGAGAAAGGUCAUGAAGCAAUGGAAAAGGGCAAGCCUAUGAUGGAGAAUGCUACGAAACAGUUUCAACAAAAAUCCAAAGAAGUUUACGAAAAGGGUAAGGAAAAGGCUGCUCCAAUGAUGGAAUCUGCCCAGGAAAAGAUACAUGAAAAAGGUCAAGAAGCUGCUGCCAAGGCGAAGGAGCUGGGAUAUGUAGCUGCCGACAAGGCCAAAGACCUCGGGAAGGAGGCUGCCCAGAAGACAAAGGAAGGUGCUUCGGUCCUUUUCGAAAAAGCCAAGGAAGCUGCAAUCAGUGCAAAAGACAAGAUCAAGGAUUCAUUGUCCAGCUAA